AUGAUUGUUUAUGGGAAAGCGUGCCAUUUACCGGUCGAGUUAGAGCAUCGGGCUCUUCGGGCGCUAAAAACGGUGAAUCGUGAUUUAACCGAGGCCGCUAGGAGACGAUUUUUCCAAAUUCAUGAGUUGGAGGCGCUUCUUGACGCCGCGUAUAAUCGUUCGUGGAGCAUCAAGGAAAAGUCGAAAGCUUUGCAUGAUAGAAGGAAAGUUAAAGUCGAGAUGGUCCGGGCCGUAUGUCGUGAAAGACGUUUUCCGUGCGGUACCGUGGAGUUGUUUGAUGAAGAUAAGUCGAAUUCGUGGAAGGUAAAUGGACAUCGGUUGAAACGCUACUUGGGAGGUCCCAUCGACACCGCCGAAGAGGAAACCGUUCCUUUUUCGGACCCGCCUAGCACCACCGUGUAG